CUCUUGCAGCCAUUUUUACAUCAUAAGUUGUAGUCAUGGGCCGUGUUAUAAGAGGUCAAAGAAAGGGAGCUGGAAGUGUAUUUCGCUCUCAUGUACAACAUAGGAAAGGAGCCGUAAAACUACGUGUGUUGGAUUAUGCAGAAAGGCACGGCUAUAUUCGUGGUAUUGUUAAAGAAAUAGUUCACGAUCCUGGUCGUGGUGCACCUUUAGCCAAGGUAGCAUUUCGGGAUCCAUACCGCUACCGACUAAGGACUGAAACAUUCCUUGCUGUUGAAGGAGUAUAUACAGGACAAUUUGUAUACUGCGGUAAAAAAGCUAAUUUAACGAUGGGCAAUUGCAUGCCUAUUGGCGAAAUGCCCGAGGGUACCGUGGUAUGCGGUGUUGAAGAAAAGCCUGGUGACCGUGGUAAAAUAGCCAGAGCUUCCGGCAACUCUGCAACUGUUAUUUCGCAUAAUCCUGAUUCUGGACGUACACGUGUUCGAUUACCUUCCGGUGCUAAGAAGGUUCUUUCAUCCUCUAGCCGAGCUAUCGUCGGGAUUGUUGCUGGCGGUGGACGUACUGAAAAACCAUUGUUGAAAGCUGGUAGAGCUUAUCAUAAAUUUAAAGUAAAGCGUAACUGUUGGCCUCGUGUGCGUGGUGUGGCCAUGAAUCCUGUCGACCAUCCACAUGGUGGUGGUAACCAUCAACAUAUUGGUACACCAUCAACUGUUAGACGUGACACUCCUGCAGGUCGUAAAGUCGGUCUUAUUGCUGCUAGGAGAACUGGUCGUCUACGUGGUGGUAGUAAAUCAUUUGAUAAGGAUUAAGCGAAAGAAUUUAAAAAUGGCACUGUUGUACAAUGUAACAUUUCUUAAUUAAGAAAUAAAAAACGAUCAUUCGAUGUUGAUAGUAUAAAUU